AUUAAUUGCAUCUAGAUGGCAACUCUGCCCGCAGCACAUUUCAGGGUUUACGCAAUUUCUAGUCGUGCUAAGAUUUUCUUUCAAGACCUGUAAAAAGGCCCCACACUAAACUCUUGAAAGCACUACAGGAGAGCCAGCGGAAGCCCAGAACCAUGUCACAUGCAUUUGCCGCCGCUGUCUGCCGGUCCGCCGCCCCCCUGGCUCUGCGUUGCAGCCGGCGGACCAUGAGCUCCUCCACGGCGACGAAAAUGCUGCGCCUAGCUGCUGCCACCACUGCCUCCUCCGCAGCCCACAAGAACUGGCACCGCCAAGGCCUUCUCGCCGCCAGCACCGGCAACCUGCAGCAGUACCUGCGCCAAUACGCCAACGAGAAGAGGGUGUUUGAGCGCACCAAGCCUCACUGCAACGUGGGCACCAUCGGCCAUGUGGAUCACGGCAAGACUACCCUGACAGCGGCCAUUACCAAGGUUCUGGCCGACAAGCAGCUGGCCGAGAGCAAAAAGUACAAUGAGAUCGAUAAUGCCCCGGAAGAGAAGGCGCGUGGUAUCACCAUUAAUGUGGCCCACGUAGAGUACCAGACGGAAACCCGCCAUUACGGACACACCGAUUGCCCCGGCCAUGCGGAUUACAUCAAGAACAUGAUCACCGGAACGGCCCAGAUGGACGGCGCUAUCCUGGUUGUAGCUGCCACCGAUGGUGCUAUGCCUCAGACCCGCGAACACAUGCUGCUGGCCAAGCAGAUUGGCAUCGACCACAUCGUGGUUUUCAUCAACAAGGUAGAUGCCGCCGAUCAGGAGAUGGUGGACCUGGUGGAAAUGGAGAUCCGCGAGCUGUUAACUGAGAUGGGCUAUGAUGGUGAUAAGAUUCCUGUCGUCAAGGGAUCGGCGCUGUGUGCAUUGGAAGACAAGAGCCCCGAAAUCGGCAAGGAGGCGAUCCUGAAACUGCUGCAGGAGGUAGACAGCUUCAUCCCGACUCCAGUUCGUGAGCUAGACAAACCCUUCCUGUUGCCCGUGGAGAAUGUUUACUCGAUUCCCGGACGUGGUACCGUUGUCACUGGUCGCCUGGAGCGCGGUGUGGUCAAGAAGGGCAUGGAAUGCGAGUUUGUCGGCUACAACAAGGUGCUCAAGUCGACGGUGACUGGCGUGGAGAUGUUCCAUCAAAUUCUGGAGGAGGCUCAGGCCGGCGACCAGCUGGGAGCUUUGGUGCGUGGCGUCAAGCGCGACGAUAUCAAGCGCGGAAUGGUCAUGUGCAAGCCCGGCAGCGUCAAAGCGCUCGACCAACUGGAGGCGCAGGUUUACAUCUUGUCCAAGGACGAAGGUGGCCGCACCAAACCCUUCAUGUCAUUCAUCCAGCUUCAGAUGUUCUCGCGUACGUGGGACUGCGCCGUACAGGUGCAGAUUCCCGACAAGGAGAUGGUAAUGCCCGGCGAGGACACCAAGCUGAUUCUGCGCCUCAUCCGUCCCAUGGUGCUGGAGCAGGGCCAGCGCUUCACACUGCGUGACGGUAACCUGACGUUGGGCACUGGCGUGGUCACCAAGAUCAUGCCUGCCCUGUCCGAGUCGCAGCGAUCCGAACUGACCGAGGGCAAGAAGGCGCGAGAGAAGAAGGUGGCCGCCAAGAAGUAGACUUCCUUACAACCAGGACGCUGUCAGUCAUUAAUAAAAUCAUAUUCUUAAGCGAUUUUUAUGCAUAUUGUAUAAGUUGUUGGCGCUUCAUCACUGUCGAGAUAAUAAACCCAAUCGAAGCUAGAAAA